AGUCAAACAUUUCCCAGUUCACCGACAAGAUGUGGUCCUCUAAGACUAUUUUGGUUUUCCUAGCAGCAUUUACUUUGGUCCAGGGUAGCAUGCGGUUUCACUUCACCUUGGACUUUCACGUACAGCAGCCGCCGAAUGCAUCCGACACCAUCGACAAGACCAUUAUUGUGGAGAACGAUCGGAUAUCUAUGGUGGACAACGAAGGAGCGACUACUAAGGCUCCGAUGACCCAGUGGACAGAUCAGGAUCAGUAUAAUCAGGACGCAUUGCUGAAGGUGACCGAUACGCGCAGAUCGGUGCAACAGCUGAAUACGGAGCUCUCACCCCUGGUUGGCAGGAGCACCGAUUUGGCCAGAAGGAUUAAGCAGAGUAUGCGAUACGUCAACGAGGUGGAUGCUAAUCUGGACGAUUUGAGCAACUUUGGGCAGCUGGUGGAGCUGCUCAAGAAAUUCGUAAUCCUAGUCGAUAACCUAAGGGAUCCAAACAAUCUCGGAGGCAUUCGAAGCCUGGAGUACGUACUCCUGAAGUUGGCUCUAGAGAAGUACGACCUUCUGAACAAGCGACAGGAGAUCGGUGAAUACUUGGAAAGGGCGGAGAGUGCCUGGCGAAGAUACCAAAACACACAGGUGGUUGUUCUGGAUAACUCCACCUGAGUCGGGCUCAGAUGCCUAGGACCACCACAUUAGGAACUUAGUUUUAGGAUAAAACAGAACAAAGACCAGCAUCAUGGGUCGACACAAUCGCUGCACCAUGAUCUACUAGAGCGGCUCGGCUCUUGAAAGGAAUAAAAGACAUCGAAGGGACUUCCUGUCUAUUAUUCGAUUUCACUGCAAUGCCCAGAAUUGCUACAGGUAUGCGAGGGGAGGUAUUCCAGGGGUAGAAUACCCUAAAUUCCCUUCGGUGCCCGGUUUCGUUAAGGCUGGAAAGUACGUUACACACGCUGGGAAUGCCUUUGUACACUGCAAAAAAUUUAAGUUAGACCUAGAAGAGUAAGCAAUCAUGAUAAAUAAGUAUUUUACCCUAAACAAAAAUUCUGCUUGAUUUUUAUUUGUUUUAUUUUUCCCUAAAAAACUGCACCUGCAAUCAUUUUCGUGAAGUAUUGAUUUAUUGAUAUUGAUGUAGAUUUCCUAUCAGUAGAAUCUACAUUUCUUGCAUAGCAAUUCAUUUAAUCUAAUCAAAAUAACAGUAAUAAAAUACUUAAAAAAGAAAAUACGAUAAAGUUUUCAGUGCAUUUCCAUUCAGCAGAUGCAGGUAGUCGGAAUCGAGGAACUAAGGGACCUUUUAAUAGGGUAGAACAGCUGCCAGAGCCGUUGCUAAUAGAUGAAGUGGAGGGUAGGGUCCCGAACGCGGGCAGAAAUUUCCGAAACCCGAAACAACCACUAACAAAAACCAUAUGCAGUUAAGUGGGAAAUGGAAUGGGGCGAUCCCGAGGAGAACGGCAUCAUCAGGACGUUACGAGUACCAUUUGUCGGGUGAAUUGUGGGGGCGGGUAUUCGGGGUAACGAUAUCGUCGUACCCCCCAUAGAUGGUACUCAGGGAAUUCCCAGCAGUGUGGAACGCUUGAAAGCCGACACCGCAUCCAAAUCUCUGUGUUACCCCUAUGGGUUCCUUAACGGUUUUCAGCGAUUUCUUUUUAGGGGUGUCGUCUGGAGUGUCGACUUAUAAAUACGCUCGUACAAUCCAUAAAUGUGCCUUUGUGUUGAACAAAAACCAUGAAGAAAUCGGUAUACAUAAUGAAAACUCGAUUGGCAUAAGAGGUACAAGCUGUAUGAAUACAGGUUUCAACUCUUUUUUGUAUCAACAUCAGCCGAAACUGGUCAAACGGCUUUGGAACAUGGGCCAUCCGAUGGCUUAUGUAUCGUUUUGACAGUUUAUGUUUAUACUAAAAUUUCGCUGCAGGCGAUAAAUAUGUAUUGAGACAGCAUCCGGCCCAAGAAAGUAGUGGCUAGGGGGAUGAAUAACAGAACAUGGGAUUUAUGUAAAAAUAUCAAUUACACAUGUGGACAAUUUGCUUGCAUACAUAGUUAAUAUACAUAUGAGCAUAUAUAUUCAUAUGAAAUUCCAUACAAAUC